AAUGACAAACCCUACGCGAAGACCGCUGAAUUUUCCCAACAGCUACAUACCUUACUUAGAGAAACACAGGAUUCUAGAACUACUCUACGAAAUCGCGAGAGAGCUGGUGAUCCAAAAGCCGGAAGAUCACGUCCUUUUCAUGAAACAGAUCCUUCAAAAUGCGGCUGCCAGCAGAGAUUGCCCGAGAGUGAUAUUGCUGGGUUCGUCGAAAAUCAACAGAGUCAAAUUGGCGAAAGAAAUAGCAAAACGUACGAGGCAAUACGUGAUAACCUCGAAGGAUAUCGAGCAAUCAUUCGGUGGCAGCAAAUCCAAAGCGAUCACCUACCUUUUAAGGACGAAGAAUCUGGGAGCAUCUGGUUGGAUUUUGGCAGACUGCAUAACGGAAGAGAGUGAAGCCAGAGCACUUGUAAAGCUGGGAGUUCUGCCGACUCAUGUGCUUUAUAUUGUAAGUCCUUCAGAUCCCGAUAUCACUGACUUACUAUACUGUAACGUAGCGUCAAACUGGCCAGAGUUCAGGAGGAAUUUAUUUGGCCUGCGCAACUUAUACCAAAAAACUUUCAACGAGGUGUUGGUAGGCAGUAAACCUUUCGACUCUGUUGUGGAGGAAUGCGUGAGUGUCCUCAAAAAUCGGCGGCCGUUAAAGCGCGUGGUACCCAGACUGAUAAUUCUAGGGCCCAGGGGAUCGGGAAGGAAAACCCAGGCUAAAAUGUUAGCCGAUUCGAUGGGUUUAGUGCACAUAGACUUCGAGUAUGUUUUGUGUCAGGCUUGGAGGGCUGAUACAGAGCUGGGCGCGAGCUUAAGAAAGUGUAAAAGUCAAGUGUGUUUCCAUUCGGAACUGUUAAGCCAGAUAAUAAACAAGAGGGUUUUGAAAGAAGACUGUCUGAAGGGGGGAUGGGUGCUCACUGAAUACCCAUACACGGAUACCGAUUUCAAGUUCCUUGAUCUACUAGACACCCCCCCAAAUAGAGUGGUAAUUCUGGAUUGUGACAUCAACGUGUGCAAGCAAAGGAUUGCUUCUAGCCAAGACAAUAAACAAUCGCAAGAUGCAGCGAAGCUGCUACAAGCUGAGUUCGACUUCUAUCUCGAGCAUUACGGCAGCUUAAGAAAGUACUGUGGAGAUUCGGCAAUUAUAAUCAAGGGCAACCAGAGUGUCAGGUGCGUAAAUGAAGCGAUACGUGCGUAUAUUUUGGGCGCAAAUCCCACUGGACCUCCGAGGAAGGGUUUUACCGAAGAUAUCCCCGAGGUGUGCAGCUGCGACUGCGUCGAUGUACCUGCUCCAGUUAUCGAAGCUUAUAUAUGAUAAAUUGUGGAAUUGUAUGUUUCUUUUUUUACUAGAUUAAGAAGUUUUGUUACAUAGCAGUUUACAAUUGUUUUUGAGGAGCUAGUGACCUGUAUGUUUGGUGAUUUUAUUAAAGCGAAUUGA